ACGCGCGCGAGACGAGCGAUGGCAGACGAGAUCGCCAAGGCUCAGGUCGCCCGGCCUGGCGGCGACACGAUCUUCGGGAAGAUCAUCCGCAAGGAGAUCCCCGCCAAGAUCAUUUUCGAGGACGACCAGUGCCUUGCCUUCUACGACAUCUCCCCCCAGGCACCAACUCAUUUUCUGGUGAUUCCCAAAAAACAUAUUGCCCAGAUCUCUGUAGCAGAAGAUGAUGAUGAAAGUCUUCUUGGACAUUUAAUGAUCGUUGGCAAGAAGUGCGCGGCUGACCUAGGCCUGAACAAGGGUUAUCGAAUGGUGGUGAACGAAGGCGCAGACGGGGGCCAGUCCAUCUAUCACGUUCACCUGCACGUGCUUGGUGGGCGGCAGAUGCACUGGCCUCCCAGUUAAGCGCGCUUUGGGGAUAAUUUUCCCUUUGUAGGCAAUGAGUAAAUUUGCAAGUUCCAGUAUGCUAAACAGUAC